AUGGAAAGUCGGGCGACAACCGCAGAAUCUAAGCAUACUUAUCCGUCAAGUCCCUGGCUCCAUCAGCCGGCGAUAUCCUCCACAAGCGCGUCCCUCAGCCCUUGCCACUUCGCUGACGCUUCUUCCCGCGUCCCCGCCCAGCUAGACUUCUGGCCCCUUCUUUUCCCACAACAAGCCUCCGUCUACCAGGCGCAGUUGCUGCACUACACGAACCUCGUCUCACCCGGACGAGGAGGCGGCUUGCAACAGUCACAACCGCUUCCUCAGGCGACAGUGGCUACUCCUCAUAUCCAGGCGGCCCCCCGUUCCCGAUCAUCCUCCAAGGUGUCGAACAAGGACAACCCCGCGACCAAGGGCACCCAAGGAGGCCAUGGGAAUAGAGCUGUGCAGAACAAAGACAAAGGCGAUCGUGCUGUCAUAACAGCCAAGGACGCUCCGCCCAAGAUGCAGCAAUCAUCCCAGCCGGAGCUUUCGCAUCCACUGCCCGCUCGUCCUGCGGCCCGGCCUACCAACGGUCAAUCUCAUUCCAACUCUAUGCCGUCGACACCGCAGCAGCACGCGAGAAACUUUUCCUUCGAGUCCCGAGAACCUUCCCCCACCGCCACAAAUAACCACUCCCCUCGCUCUGCCUAUUCCGAAACUAAUAGCAAUCUUCCCUCGUUACGUCCCCUCCCUCCACGGCUCAUGGGUGGGUGCCAAUAUGAGACGGCGCAGGUGAACUCGAGACGGAGGAUGCCCUAUAGCUUGGGAAGUGACAAGUUAGAAAGGACCAACCUUGACAAGAUCAAGAGCAAGUUGUCCGAAGAGGAGGAGCGAAAAUUGACCACAGACAUGCGCGAGCUUUACGACCGGUUAGUACCGACUGAAAAGGUCGAGGAGAACCGCAAGAAGCUCGUCGUCAAGUUGGAAAAGAUCUUUAACGAAGAGUGGCCCGGAAAUGAUAUACGCGUACAUCUUUUUGGCUCCUCGGGCAACUUGCUCUGCUCAGACGACUCUGAUGUCGACAUUUGCAUAACAACACCCUGGAAGGAGAUGGAAGGCGUGUGCAUGAUUGCAAACCUGCUCGCAAAAAAAGGUAUGGAGAAGGUUGUUUGUAUAUCGGCCGCGAAAGUCCCCAUCGUCAAGAUUUGGGACCCCGAACUUGGUCUCGCAUGCGACAUGAACGUGAAUAAUACACUGGCCCUGGAGAACACGAGGAUGGUCCGCACAUACGUCGAAAUCGAUCCGCGGGUGAGGCCACUGGCUAUGAUAGUCAAAUACUGGGCGAGGAAGAGGAUCGUCAAUGAUGCUGCCUUUGGUGGUACCUUGAGUUCGUACACCUGGAUUUGCCUCAUCAUUGGGUUCCUGCAACUCCGAGACCCUCCCGUUCUUCCGUCACUUCACCAGCGACAGAACCAGAGACUGCUCAAGAAGGGUGGGCAGGAGAGUGCAUUUGCUGAUGACCUGGAUAAACUCCGUGGGUUCGGUGACAAAAACAAAUCUUCACUAGGUGAACUUUUGUUUCAAUUCUUCAGGUUUUAUGCGCAUGAAUUCGACUACGAGAAACAUGCUAUUUCUAUCCGCCUUGGCAGGAAACUUCCUAAACAGGAGAAGGGAUGGCAUAUUGGUCUGAACAACCACUUGUGUGUGGAGGAACCCUUCAACACAAUCCGUAAUCUUGGUAACACGGCAGAUGAAUACUCCUUCCGUGGACUUCAUCUGGAGUUGCGACGAGCCUUUGACCUGAUCUCGGAAGCCAAACUGGAUGAAUGCUGCGAGCAGUAUGUAUACCCAAAAGAGGAACCACCAACUUUCCAAAGGCCCGCGCAGACGUCGCGGCCGGUCAUGAUUCGUAGCUCUUCGCAACAGCACUCGGGCAGAGGUGGUCGUGGGAACUACCGGGGAGGACGGCACUCUAACAACUUCCAUCGAAACGGGAACUCGAACAGAAGAGCGUCUUCGAGCGUCGCUUACGAUACUAACACAAUGUAUAUGCCGUCAGUAGCAAUGACCCCUCAGGAGCUUGCCUGGUUCACGCAACAGGCGCAGACUCACCCACAGCUCCAGUAUCCCGCGCUAGUGAGUGCAGCCAUGGCCGCCCAACUUCAGCAGGAAAAUAACAUUCGCCUCCAGCUUUACAGCCAAUCCCAGGUGUAUCAGCAAGUCCAGGCACAGAUGGCCGCGCAGAUGCAUGCUGCCCAGAGGAUGCAAGGCCCUUCCGUGACGUCGCAGCAAGGCUCGGACCGACCUAGGACGAACUCGUUUGACAACCCUCCGCUUAGUGCUCCCAUCGCCGCCCCAGAAUGGUACACGAUGUACGGCGUUCCCUUUCCUACUGCCGCCUAUUAUAACCCAUCUGGUUACACUUAUCCCUCCUCGCCGGCGACAACUACGGGUACCCCAGAAUAUCGCAGAGGACUGCAAAGGUCGUCAGCCACAACAGAGUCUGGCACUUCGACUUCGGGAAGCUCGCUUAGAUCGCAAUCUCAGCCCGCGUCACGCUCUGCUCCUACGGGACAGCAAAACCAAGGUUACCCCGGCUCCAGCACGCCGACCAACGGAAACUCGAAUCCUGCCCGCCAUGUCAAUGGAGUCCCGAUUCCGAGCUUCAUCCCGGACGAUGCCGACUACGACGAGGCGCCCCAGCGCCCGGCAAGCAAUUCACCCAAUUCUGAUGAGGGAGCCGCGUACUUGGGCUACUACGUUUCAGAUACAUCUAGCCCAGCGCGCUCGCAAGGUACCCCCAGUGCUAUUGCCUUUGGAGAUGUUUCCCAGCCUAGCCAAGGACGCCGAAGGCUGUCAACUGAAGUUCCACAGACCAUUUUGGAUCGACGGAUGCGAAGGACAUCACGCUCGCCGUCUCCUCUAGGCCAUGCGCGGACCUUUUCACAAGGCACGACGACUACCCCCGGUCAAUCACCGACUCCUGCGAACGCCAAUGGAAGAGCAGCAUCACGGCCUCUGGUAGUAAAUGGAACCGGCUCAUCCUUACGAACGAGCUCUAUUCCCACACAACGCCACUCGACCGCGGGACUUGCAGCAGAUGCUCAUGUUGCCGAUGUUUUCACCAGGUCGUCGCAGGACAGCUCGCUACCAGUUCAAGGGCUUGGAAUUAGCAGCGUUCCUACAGACCAAGGAGACGGCCAGCCGGCUGUUGGACCCGAACCAGUCCAGGCGGCGGUAUCUGAGCGACCUCCAGUAAUUGUCAACGGUACCACUUCGACACCUUCGUCUGCCUCUAACGCGACUUCCUCUGCAUCAUCUGCCUCGGCUUCUCGACCUGUCGACGACGCUUCGUUUCGCGAGAGAAUCGCACUGAUGUCGUCGAUGAAUCAAUACGGUUGGACCCAGCAAACACAAACACCGCCGGAGGUCGCCCAUGGUACCCAGGUAUCCCUUCGACAAAGAGCCAUGCGGCAGCAGAGCGGAGUGAUUGCACCAUUGGAUCUCGCAACUCGAGAGAACAGGAUGGGCACGCACCAGUUGAGCAUAGAUGCCCAGCACUUGUCCCCCAUCAAUGAGACUAGAUCGCCUUCACCAACUGUUGUAAGAAAAGGCGACUAUCCGCUGAAAAGCGAUCAGUCGACAGCUGCGCCUACAUCAGCUCCCGCCGUGCAACCUGAGCCAACCGCGCCGGCUGUAAAGAAGAGCGAAAGCAAGGGGCAGGCUGCUAAGGAGGUGAAGCAUCCUCAGAUGCCUGUGCAAUCCCCGAAGUCGCAAUCACCAAAGCCUCAGGCACAGAGCUCAGUUCAGGCAUCAGCUCACCCUCCAAGAGUUAACGGACUCCGGGAGAAUGGCCACAGCCGAGGUGUCAAGAGCGAAAGCCACGGCCCCGAAGGAGGCUGGCAUAGGGCCAGCAAAAGCCGAAAGAAGGGAGACUCGAAGAAUCAUGCCAACGGAUUUGUUCCAAGUGAGCAACCGCCUAAACAUGAGGCUGAUCGGAAGGGCGGUUAA